GUCUGGAGAGGUGCGCGCUGCACCUGCUGCAGUUUACGCAUCUCGUUUCUCCAGAUCAAAAACACUCCGUUCCUUCUCAUUUUACGGGGUUUAAAGUUUGUAAUGAGCGCAUAGACUAGUGUGGAGUCCUGGAGCAGCGAGCAGCCCGUCCACGGCCACCACCGUCGGCUGUGAUGCUGCGCAGCGACGGGUGCGCGCAAUUACGCAACCCUCCCCGUCCAGACCUCUAACCGGAUCAGCUCCAGCAGACCCGACACCGGCCAGCUCGCAGGUACGACGCACUCCAGCAAAGCCUGCACGGAGGAGCUUUAGCAGACGGUCUCCCCACUCCAGCUGAACUCCAGUCAUCAUGGGAAAGGAGAAGCUCCACAUCAACAUAGUUGUGAUCGGCCACGUGGACUCUGGUAAGUCCACGACGACGGGCCACCUCAUCUACAAGUGUGGCGGCAUCGACAAGAGAACCAUCGAGAAGUUUGAGAAGGAAGCUGCGGAGAUGGGCAAGGGCUCCUUCAAGUACGCCUGGGUGCUGGACAAGCUGAAGGCGGAGAGGGAGCGGGGCAUCACCAUCGACAUCUCCCUGUGGAAGUUUGAGACCAGCAAAUACUAUGUAACCAUCAUAGAUGCCCCAGGCCACAGGGACUUCAUCAAGAACAUGAUCACUGGGACCUCCCAGGCCGACUGCGCCGUGCUCAUCGUGGCAGCAGGAGUAGGAGAGUUCGAGGCCGGUAUUUCUAAGAACGGGCAGACCCGCGAGCACGCCCUCCUGGCCUACACUCUCGGAGUCAAGCAGCUCAUCGUUGGCAUCAACAAGAUGGACUCCACCGAGCCAAACUACAGCCAGAAGCGCUAUGAAGAGAUCGUGAAGGAAGUGAGCACCUACAUCAAGAAGAUUGGCUACAAUCCCGACACCGUCGCCUUUGUUCCCAUUUCAGGUUGGAACGGAGACAACAUGCUCGAGCCGAGCCCCAAUAUGACAUGGUUCAAGGGGUGGAAGAUCAAUAGGAAGGAGGGCAAUGCGUCGGGGACCACACUGCUGGAGGCUCUAGACGCCAUCCAGCCGCCGACCCGUCCAACAGACAAGCCUCUGCGUCUCCCCCUGCAGGACGUCUACAAGAUUGGAGGUAUUGGAACUGUACCUGUGGGCCGUGUGGAGACGGGCAUCCUGAAGCCCGGCAUGGUGGUGACCUUUGCUCCCGUCAACGUGACCACUGAAGUGAAAUCUGUGGAGAUGCAUCACGAGGCCCUGACCGAGGCUCUUCCUGGUGACAACGUGGGCUUCAACGUUAAGAAUGUGUCCGUGAAGGACAUCCGCCGGGGCAACGUGGCUGGAGACAGUAAGAAUGACCCACCGCAGGAAGCUGCCAACUUCACUGCUCAGGUGAUCAUCCUCAACCACCCGGGCCAGAUCAGUGCUGGCUACGCCCCCGUGCUCGACUGCCACACUGCUCACAUUGCCUGCAAGUUUGCGGAGCUCAAGGAGAAGAUUGACCGCCGCUCUGGCAAGAAGCUGGAGGACAACCCCAAGUCUCUUAAAUCUGGAGACGCCGCCAUCGUAGACAUGAUUCCUGGAAAACCCAUGUGUGUGGAGAGCUUCUCCGAGUACCCGCCGCUGGGCCGCUUUGCAGUGCGCGACAUGCGUCAGACUGUGGCAGUGGGCGUGAUAAAGGCUGUGGAGAAGAAAGUGUCCACCACUGGUAAAAUUACCAAGUCUGCUCAGAAGGCCCAGAGGAACAAAUGAAUGUUGUAUUGCUCUGCCGACCGCAAGGUCUCCCACGGCAGGACAUCGGUCAUCCAACUCCAUCCCACAAUUGGCUGCUUCAACGUAAUUAUUAAGGACUGGUUAAUCAUCACAAUGCAUCGCAAAAGCAUUCGAAGGAAAGAGAAAGAUGUUCGACUUUGGUCUUUGAAGACACGCUCUUAACUCCAUUUCCGCAGUUAGAUUAACAUUAUGUACAAUGUGAUAUCAUAAAGAUGGUUUCAGAUGUGGACUAUUGAUUUGAUUUGCAGCAAUACCUUUGUGAUCUUGAGACACUGAACAAACAGAUAUAUUGUAAUCCCGUCAUCUCUAGCUCUCUAGACUGCUGGUCCUGGUCUCGUUACAUGUUGUCCUGCUUCUCGUGUUUGCAACUAUACGGUGCUCUCUAGGAGCCCAUGACAGUGAGUUGAACCUGUGUUUUAAAGUAGUUGAUUAGUUUGUGUUUAAGCUUUAAAAAUACAUUUUAAAAACUUGGAAAAUUUUAAAAAGGACUACCUGAUGAUUCUUAUAGCACUUUGAUUGGCAUUUUGCUAACUUUGCACUUUCACCGGAGGAGAUUCAAUUGGCAUAAGCUACUGCACCUUAUUGUAAGAUGGCAUUUGCCUCUUUGCAACAUUAAACAUAUUUCAACCAAAA